UUGCUGCAGGACUUUAAGUUUGAAUGUUGGGUUUCUGUAAGGUAAGAAGAGCAUCAAUAGAUUGAACUACUAUAGGAUAACUAUUCCAAACAUACAGAGAAACAACAAUGCUUUGCCAUAUAACGCUCCCGGACGCGGUGGUGAUGGAGGUGGAUGUUGAUUCGAAGGCUAAUGGAGAGGACUGCUUACACAAGGUCUGUCGGAAACUGGGAAUAAUAGAGGUGGAUUACUUUGGGCUCCAGUUCAGUGGAAGCAAAGGGGAGAGUUUGUGGUUGAAUCUGAGGAACAGGAUCUCACAACAGAUGGAUAACCUGGCUCCCUGCAGACUGAAGCUCCGAGUCAAGUUCUUUGUAGAACCCCAUCUCACCCUGCAAGAACAGACAAGACAUAUGUUCUUCAUGCACAUAAAGGAUGAGCUGGACAGUGGCAGCCUGCAGAUGGAGGCUGAGCAGGCCAAGGAACUGUGUGCCGUCCUAGCCCAGGCUGAGUACGGAGACUACAACCAGAACACAGCCAAGUACUGCUCCAGCCAGAUCUUCAGACGGGAGCCCAACCUGGCAACCAUCAACAGCAUCCAGGAGAAGCACCGUGAGCUGGAGGGUCUGAGCCAGUCGUCAGCAGAGUACCGGGCCCUACAGCUAGUGUCCUCCCUGGAGAACUACGGGGUGGAAUGGCACUGGGCCAGGGACUCAGAAGGACAGAGGCUGGCUAUAGGGGUCGGUCCUGAAGGGGUGACCAUCUGUCAGGAGGACUUCAGCCCCAUCAACAGGAUCAUUUACCCUAUCAUCCAGAUGGCCACCCAGUCAGGGAAGAAUGUGUACAUGACCAUCACUAGGGACAGUGGUGACGGUGUUGUCCUGCUGUUUAAGAUGACAAGCACCAGAGCUGCCAGCGGCUUGUACCGGGCCAUCACAGAGACCCAUGCCUUCUACAGGUGUGACACGGUGACGAGCGACGUGAUGAUGCAGUACAGCCGUGAUUUCAAGGGUCACCUGGCGUCUCUCUUCCUCAACGAGAACAUCAACCUGGGCAAGAAGUACGUCUUCGACAUCCGACGCACCUCCAAGGAGGUCUACGACCACUGCCGCCGGGUGCUCUACAAUGCCGGCAUUGGAGGGGACUGUGUGUCCGGCGGGGAGGGUGAGAGGAGCCCGUCGCGGUCCCCUGGGGUGGGGGAGGGAGGCUGUGAGGGGUGCCAGAGGCGCAGGGUCCUGGAGGAGAAGCUGCAGCAGCUCCAGGAUCCUCUGCUGUGUAUCCUGUGCUGUGAAGAGGAGAUGGAUGCUGCCUUUUGUCCCUGUGGACACAUGGUGUGCUGCCACAACUGUGCCGUCCAGCUAGAGGUGUGCCCAGUGUGUCGGUCAGAGGUGGACCAUGUCCAGCACGUCUACCUGCCCACCUGUGCCAACCUGCUGUCCCUGGCGGUGAGCAGUGCUGCCCCCUUCAACAUUCCCAGAGACCUGGCCGCUCACCUCUGUUCCUCCAGAGAGUUCUACACCAGCACAGACAAGAUCUGUCACACGUAGAUUUACUUCCAGUUAGGGUUGCAAAAUUCAGCUUAACUUCCCCAAAUUCCCAGGUUUUCCUAAAUGUUUUGGAUUUCCUGUUUAUUCCCUCCUGCUUCCGAGGUGCUAUAUAAGACUGCAUACUCAAUCGUAGCUAGCUGGCUAACGUUAUACUGCAUCUAAAGUUAAUCUGGCGACAUCAAAAUGAUGACAAAAAGGUUUUCCUACGAAUUAUUUGCCUUCUUUAGAAAUGUCAUCAUGUUUUCAAGCCAUAGUAAUAAACUUUAGACUGUAGUAGUAGUGAUGUAGUAGUGCUGUAGUGGUGCUGUAGUAGUGUAGUAGUAUACCAAUAGUAGUG